AUGCCCUGCCCCUGGGUUCCAUUCCUGCCGUUGCACACGCACAGGAGUUCAGUGGCUCGCAGAACACUGGUGAUCAUGCUUUAUGAGCUUUGCUCCUUCCUGCAAGCAUGCUCCCUACGUGCUGCAUGCUAUGCUGCAUUCUUCCUACAUGCUGCAUGCUAUGCUGCAUUCUUCCUACAUGCUGCAUGCUAUGCUGCAUUCUUCCUACAUGCUGCAUGCUAUGCUGCAUUCUUCCUACAUGCUGCAUGCUAUGCUGCAUUCUUCCUACAUGCUGCAUGCUAUGCUGCAUUCUUCCUACAUGCUGCAUGCUAUGCUGCAUUCUUCCUACAUGCUGCAUGCUAUGCUGCAUUCUUCCUACAUGCUGCAUGCUAUGCUGCAUUCUUCCUACAUGCUGCAUGCUAUGCUGCAUUCUUCCUACAUGCUGCAUGCUAUGCUGCAUUCUUCCUACAUGCUGCAUGCUAUGCUGCAUUCUUCCUACAUGCUGCAUGCUAUGCUGCAUUCUUCCUACAUGCUGCAUGCUAUGCUGCAUUCUUCCUACAUGCUGCAUGCUAUGCUGCAUUCUUCCUACAUGCUGCAUGCUAUGCUGCAUUCUUCCUACAUGCUGCAUGCUAUGCUGCAUUCUUCCUACAUGCUGCAUGCUAUGCUGCAUUCUUCCUACAUGCUGCAUGCUAUGCUGCAUUCUUCCUACAUGCUGCAUGCUAUGCUGCAUUCUUCCUACAUGCUGCAUGCUAUGCUGCAUUCUUCCUACAUGCUGCAUGCUAUGCUGCAUUCUUCCUACAUGCUGCAUGCUAUGCUGCAUUCUUCCUACAUGCUGCAUGCUAUGCUGCAUUCUUCCUACAUGCUGCAUGCUAUGCUGCAUUCUUCCUACAUGCUGCAUGCUAUGCUGCAUUCUUCCUACAUGCUGCAUGCUAUGCUGCAUUCUUCCUACAUGCUGCAUGCUAUGCUGCAUUCUUCCUACAUGCUGCAUGCUAUGCUGCAUUCUUCCUACAUGCUGCAUGCUAUGCUGCAUUCUUCCUACAUGCUGCAUGCUAUGCUGCAUUCUUCCUACAUGCUGCAUGCUAUGCUGCAUUCUUCCUACAUGCUGCAUGCUAUGCUGCAUUCUUCCUACAUGCUGCAUGCUAUGCUGCAUUCUUCCUACAUGCUGCAUGCUAUGCUGCAUUCUUCCUACAUGCUGCAUGCUAUGCUGCAUUCUUCCUACAUGCUGCAUGCUAUGCUGCAUUCUUCCUACAUGCUGCAUGCUAUGCUGCAUUCUUCCUACAUGCUGCAUGCUAUGCUGCAUUCUUCCUACAUGCUGCAUGCUAUGCUGCAUUCUUCCUACAUGCUGCAUGCUAUGCUGCAUUCUUCCUACAUGCUGCAUGCUAUGCUGCAUUCUUCCUACAUGCUGCAUGCUAUGCUGCAUUCUUCCUACAUGCUGCAUGCUAUGCUGCAUUCUUCCUACAUGCUGCAUGCUAUGCUGCAUUCUUCCUACAUGCUGCAUGCUAUGCUGCAUUCUUCCUACAUGCUGCAUGCUAUGCUGCAUUCUUCCUACAUGCUGCAUGCUAUGCUGCAUUCUUCCUACAUGCUGCAUGCUAUGCUGCAUUCUUCCUACAUGCUGCAUGCUAUGCUGCAUUCUUCCUACAUGCUGCAUGCUAUGCUGCAUUCUUCCUACAUGCUGCAUGCUAUGCUGCAUUCUUCCUACAUGCUGCAUGCUAUGCUGCAUUCUUCCUACAUGCUGCAUGCUAUGCUGCAUUCUUCCUACAUGCUGCAUGCUAUGCUGCAUUCUUCCUACAUGCUGCAUGCUAUGCUGCAUUCUUCCUACAUGCUGCAUGCUAUGCUGCAUUCUUCCUACAUGCUGCAUGCUAUGCUGCAUUCUUCCUACAUGCUGCAUGCUAUGCUGCAUUCUUCCUACAUGCUGCAUGCUAUGCUGCAUUCUUCCUACAUGCUGCAUGCUAUGCUGCAUUCUUCCUACAUGCUGCAUGCUAUGCUGCAUUCUUCCUACAUGCUGCAUGCUAUGCUGCAUUCUUCCUACAUGCUGCAUGCUAUGCUGCAUUCUUCCUACAUGCUGCAUGCUAUGCUGCAUUCUUCCUACAUGCUGCAUGCUAUGCUGCAUUCUUCCUACAUGCUGCAUGCUAUGCUGCAUUCUUCCUACAUGCUGCAUGCUAUGCUGCAUUCUUCCUACAUGCUGCAUGCUAUGCUGCAUUCUUCCUACAUGCUGCAUGCUAUGCUGCAUUCUUCCUACAUGCUGCAUGCUAUGCUGCAUUCUUCCUACAUGCUGCAUGCUAUGCUGCAUUCUUCCUACAUGCUGCAUGCUAUGCUGCAUUCUUCCUACAUGCUGCAUGCUAUGCUGCAUUCUUCCUACAUGCUGCAUGCUAUGCUGCAUUCUUCCUACAUGCUGCAUGCUAUGCUGCAUUCUUCCUACAUGCUGCAUGCUAUGCUGCAUUCUUCCUACAUGCUGCAUGCUAUGCUGCAUUCUUCCUACAUGCUGCAUGCUAUGCUGCAUUCUUCCUACAUGCUGCAUGCUAUGCUGCAUUCUUCCUACAUGCUGCAUGCUAUGCUGCAUUCUUCCUACAUGCUGCAUGCUAUGCUGCAUUCUUCCUACAUGCUGCAUGCUAUGCUGCAUUCUUCCUACAUGCUGCAUGCUAUGCUGCAUUCUUCCUACAUGCUGCAUGCUAUGCUGCAUUCUUCCUACAUGCUGCAUGCUAUGCUGCAUUCUUCCUACAUGCUGCAUGCUAUGCUGCAUUCUUCCUACAUGCUGCAUGCUAUGCUGCAUUCUUCCUACAUGCUGCAUGCUAUGCUGCAUUCUUCCUACAUGCUGCAUGCUAUGCUGCAUUCUUCCUACAUGCUGCAUGCUAUGCUGCAUUCUUCCUACAUGCUGCAUGCUAUGCUGCAUUCUUCCUACAUGCUGCAUGCUAUGCUGCAUUCUUCCUACAUGCUGCAUGCUCCAUGCCCCCUUUUUCCCAACCCCCCCACACCUUCCCCCCCAACCCAACCCCACCUCUCCACCUCCCACCACCAUUCUCCACCUCCCUUUCCCCCAUCCCCCCGGAAUCUUCGAAGGUACCAUAA